AUGACUUCCAUCACUGGAGAUGGGCCUCGUUUCGCAACGGUGACAGACGACGACUAUGGCGGCGUGGUCUGGACCGUGUCGAUCCUCUGCGGCAUCUACUCGGUGUUGACCAUGACGUUGAGAGGCUACAUCAAACUGAGAACCUGGGGGUUUGACGACUGGUUAGCGGCGGCAGCGACUGUUAUGUCUCUGGCCCAAUACAUCGCCGUGUGGGUGGCGACGUCGAAGGGACUGGGCAGAUCCUACAAACACCUGACCGAAGCACAGGCGACAGCGGUUGGGAGGAGUGUUCUUGCCGGCGAAAUCUUCUUCAUUAUGUCGUUGACGUUGGCCAAAGCCUCGGUGACUUUGCUCAUCCGCCGACUCUUCUCCAUCAACAUGCAAAAACGGGCCUUGGUAUGCGACUUGUUCCUGGGUGUGUGUGCGAUAUGGGGUCUGGCGUCCAUUUUGAUCAUUGCCAUCGACUGCCCCCUGCUCUCCUUGAUGGGAUACCAUGGCCGGUUUUGCGCGAAUUUCGUUGCCCGCUGGGAAGCCAUUGGGAUUCUUGAUGCUGCCACCGAGGCCGUGAUGGUCGGCAUGGUUGUUUCUCUCCUCUGGGAUCUAAAAAUGAAGACGGGCAGAAAGGCCCAGAUCGUGGGCGCAUUCUCCUUCCGACUGGGGAUCCUCGCAUUCGCCGCUGUCCAUGUCUGGGAUCAGAAGAAUUUCACCGUGCGACCCAACACCGGCGUUCGACUCGCAGCGCCUAUUGUCUUCCAACAGAUCGAGCUGUGCUACUCUCUCCUCUCCUGCACGAUUCCCAACCUGAAAAGCUUCCUCCUCAACUUCGACACCACCAUCGGCAUGACCCUCGACCCGCUGACAACGAGAUCGCACGCCGUCACACAUCCUUACUCUGCGACGACAUCUUUUCGCAUGAAGUCGCUACGGUCUCGAAAUGGCGACAACCCCCCCGUUUCAAGAGAUGCACCACUCUUUCGACCAGACGCUGUUGAAUACACGGCCGCAAUCAGUCGAGCCAGUCCAGCCCAGAUGAACGAGGCGGCGUCGUCGAUUUCUCGAGACAACGGGUCGGACCGCAGCAAGGGCAGUCAGGAAAUGAUCAUCCGCAGAGAAGUGGCGUGGACUGUUCAUCAGGACUAA